UCUAUGGGCAUUAAUAACAAACAACCGAUAUCCUGGCAGUUUGUAAGCCAACAAUGAUACUUAUAGAAAAUAUCUAAACCACCAAAUAUCUCUGAUGACUUGGAAUGCCCACAUUAUUCAAAAAUGGUUGCCUCCGGAGAUAUUGAACUAUGAAGAACUGUUUGCUUCUUGCAGAAACUUGGAAAAUACUUGUGGUUCAUUAACGUCUAGACUGGAAGUCUUGUUAAAUAAUUUAAAGAGUAAACAUUCUUCGAAAUUUAAUCCCCUUCUUCACGACAACGAUCUGCAAUUAACAGAUGUAGAAGACAUAACAUUAACGCUUGAAUCUAUAGAGGUGUCUUACAAGAACAUUCUUCCUAAAUUAGCGGCAAAUCAGGUGCAUUGUAUAAUAGCUAACAAGUUGCAAAUGUGGAAAGACAUGCUAUGGAAAGCUGAGCUACAAUUGAUCUAUUUUGUUCAAGAGAUAAUUAACGAAAUCACUCACCUUUUUAUUUAUUAUGGAGAAAGUCUACUAGUUCAAACUUUACGAAUAUCUGUAUCGUACAACAAUCUAUUGGUCUUGGACAAGAAAUACCACGUCUCCAAUGAUAACAAUAUUUGCAAGAACACUUGUCCCUAUCUUAUAUUUCCGAUGAGGAGUAUUUCAGUGACCAGGUUGCUUCAAAUUAUCGCAUAUAAAAGAGCUGAAUUGUGCUGCCAUAAGCUCAUCGAUUGCUUGCUGGAAACAUACAGAUUGUAUGAAAAUUCCGACGAUGAUGAUGACGGCUCAGAUAAUUCUAGCUUAGAAAUAUACAUGACCUUAACGAAACAUAUGUCUCCUCCUGACGUAGCGGAAAAGACAAUCACCAAAGAAGCCUCAGAAAACAUCAAUGAUUCCAGCAUUUUCGCUAGUUUGGAAGAAUUAAUCUAUUACGAGGAAAAGAACGUUAUAGAUUUGUUAACAGUCACGCUGCAGGCAGCUCCAGAAAUGCUGGGACACGACGGUGUUAGAAAAUCCAAAAGUUCAGGUGUGAAAAAAAUCAGUCCAAAGGCUAGGGAAAAAGUACUGGAAUACUAUGAACAAAUCUUAUGGGGAGAGGUUGGUAAUUUUUUGGAACACGUUGUACUCUGGUGGUCAGCAUCGCCUUUAUCCGCAAGACCGCCCCAUUCGAGUCAGCAUUUGAGGGAAUGGAUAGUACAAUUUAUUCCGACAGCUGACGUAUCCCCUGUUGUUCUCUCGGCUUUGGCAAGUCUCGCAGACGCGCUGGGUGUUCACGUAGCUUCAACGUCUUGGGAUCAGAAUUUUCGAUUGGCUUUGGUUUCUUCCAAAGCAAUUUACAACCCAGAAACUGGCAAACUUUAUGCCAACGUUUUACAGGAUCUAGUUGUGUUGUGCAACCAAUGCGAGACCACUCCCGAUUGGUUCGUUGGAGCUCCAUUGGAUGAACUACCAUUGGUUGAACAAAUUCCUGUGUUGCAUCGAUUAGAUCAUUCUAUACACACAACUAGGUUGUGGUCCAUCAACGAAUGUAAGAAACUGGUGAACGCUUGGAACGUUAGUGCAUUUUUCACAGUGAUUCAUGAUAAUAUUGUCGACUGCCUUAGUCAACUCAACAAUUUACGCCUUGCUGAUCACGCCGGCGAGAUCGAGAAGAAAAAUUUGGGUGUGCAGGUUGAGGUGUGUGUUCUCAUGAGAGCCAAAUUGGUGUCGGAAGUCAAAGUUAAUUUUGACAAGUUGAAGGAAGCUCCAAAAGAAUGCGUUGAUGGUCUAGCAAGCGUUUGUCGCACAAUAUGUCUUGCCAACUUACAAAUGAUCUUUCCUCCUAGUUCAUAUUGGAAAAAAACAAACUCAGAGAUGAUUUCCGAAACACCAAGUGUCUUCGUAGCAAAAUAUUUAGAUCGUAUUUUGGUACCGGUACUAGAAGCUACCAACGAUCACCAAAUAGCAAACAUGAUACUAACCUUAAUUUGCGAGUCGUGGCUAGAUCAUAUCUACCUAAACAAAAUCAAGUUUAGUCAUUGCGGGGCUUACCAGCUGCUCUGCGAUUUCGGCUACAUUUUAGUUUGGUUAUCAGAGUACCCAACCAUUACGGCCACGAUGAGAAAAAAGUUGAUGAAGAACGAGGUGUUGAAGAGAUGUGAGGGGGUGGGGCGGUUAUUACUGAGGAGACCGGGAGAGAGGAUUAAAAUGACGGAUAAAAGCAAAAAACCAUCGCCACCUAAAGACGUUGAAGAUUCCCAAGAAGAGGAAGAGAAGGGAGAGCUCAUGCCAGCAGAAAUGUAUGUACCCAAUCAAGAGCAAUGGCUCGAGUUGAGGGCUCUUAAAAAGAAGACAACGUUCCCAAUGCCGAUUUGCUGUGGACAACCAUAGGCAAGUCCAACAUUUGAAUAUUGCCGUUUUGACGUAUUUUUUAUACGAAAAUACGAGGAUAAAGAGAAAAAGUUACUCCUGGUCUAUAAAUUCUUUUCCAACACAGUAAUGCACUCGGCUACAAAGGAAUGGAUACAAUUCAGGAGAGAUUUGAAGUAGAAAUUGGAGGAAAAUCUUCCUAAUUCGCUUGACUUGACUUCAGUUGCUGUGACGUCUGUUUUCUAUUACCAACCCUUAAGAUACCUUAAGGUACCUAAAAAACUUUUAGUGAUAAAUAAAAACAACCCUAUCCUGAGCUAAUCAAGUCAUUGGAGAAACUAUUUUAAUCUAGGGAGAGAAUAAGUUGACAGAUAAAUCUUCAAUAAAUUAAAAGUCAUUUUUUCACCACUAGGUUGAUAACCUUUCACUUUGUCCUCGCAUUAUGAGAAUUUUGUGAUAUUUAGUAGAAACAUUUAGUAUGAUUAAACUUAACUGUGAAGACAAUUAACAAAAAGCUUAAUAAAUAAACGAAGGAACUAUUACUUUUA